AUGUCCCUCCAAACCCACGCCGAAGCCCUAACGACCUCCCUCGCCCAAGCGGGCCUCAUCUCAGACUCCGCAGGUCUAAUCCCCAACGCAUUCACACCAACAACCGAACUAGCCGUCAAAUUCGGCGAGAAAGCCGUUGAGCUAGGCAACCUAUUCCGCGUCAGCGAGGUGAAAUCCGCGCCGACGCUUUCGUUCGAGAACGAGGCCGAUGUCCCAGAAAGCCAACUCUACACCCUCCUCCUAGUCGACCCCGACGCGCCAACACCCGACGACCCGAAAUUCGCGUUCUGGCGGCACUGGGUUGUGUCUGGGCUCACGGCCGCUGAGGGGCUAGGUGCGGAGUCUGCGAAGGUCUUGACAGAGUAUCUGGGGCCGGGGCCGAAGGAUGAGUCUCGCCCGCACCGGUACCUCUUCCUCCUCUUCCGGGAGCCCGGGGGCUUGGUGCUCAGCAAGGAGGAUGUGGGAGGGGAGGAGUUUGUGCAGAGGCGGUCGUUUGGGGCGAAGGAGUGGGUGGAACGUCAUGGGUUGAGUCUUGUGGGUGUUAAUUGGAUGUUGGGGGCUGGGGAUGGGUGGGAGGAGUAG